CUUAUAAUUUAAAAAAUAAAUAAAUAAUCACUUUUAUAUAUUUAUUUAAAUAUUAUUUAUUUAUCAUUCAUGCCAAAUGCUGGCAUGGGAUCACUGGGAUACUAGAGUAAUGCACGCUAAACCAAUAAAACAGCAACACGCUUCCGCGCUCCUUUUCAUUUUCCAUCUAUAAAUAAAGAGAUUUGGUUUUUGCUUUGAGCCAUAAUGAGUUGAUAGCUUCCGCCGUGUUUUAGGAAAGGCGAAUAAUUUUUUCAAACUCCAACGACUGCGUUUUGAACUUGUGAUCUUCCAUUUCUGCUGAAAGGAAAUUUUCAAUUAUGGCUGAAGGGAAAGAAAACGAGAAUUUCCAACAAGAGGCUAAUGAGAAGGAAGAGAAGCUAAAGUAUUUGGAAUUUGUACAAGCGACUACAGAUGAUGCUGUAACUUCCCUCUCAAACAUUUACCUUUAUGCCAAGGACAAUUCUGGUCCGUUGAAGCCUGGGGUCGAGACUAUUGAGGGUGUGGCAAAGACCGUGGUUAUUCCGGCCAGUAAAAUUCCCACUGAAGCUAUCAAGUUUGCAGACAGAGCGAUGGAUGCAUCUUUCACUACUCUACAAAACAUUGUUCCCUCAGUUCUCAAGCAGUUGUCUACCCAAGCUUGCGAUACUAGUGUGAAGGAAAGUGCAGAGUAACAUGCGUUCGCUAACCUUCCCUCAAUUUAUGCGAUCACUACUAGGCGUGACCCUCAAUAAGCUGCCACUUGUUCGUCACAACGAGACUGUACGUAGAGAAUUGCCAAGGUGUUUGGAGAUGAGGCAUCAUAAUUUGCACUGGAUUUGAUUAUUUAUCUAUUGUGAGCCUUUUUAUAUGUACUUAUUCAGUGUUUAGAAUGAGUUUUUGGUGGUGUGUUUUGGAUGUGGAAUAAGGGGCCAAUUGCAUUAUUGGUCAAUAUAUAAUUAUGUAUAAAAUUUCGUGGUUUGAGUUGGCAUCUAGAUGUUUUAUUAAGAAUUAAUGGGCUAAAAUAAUGUAAAGAAGAGGAGAAUACUAGUA